AUGCCCUCUCGCAAUUCUGACGACGAGUUCCCUCUGCUGGCCGCCAUGGGCCUGUACGCCGCAGACAUCCUGGGCGAUGGUAACUGCUUGUUCAAUGCCUUGUCCGACCAAAUGUACGGCGACCCGGCCCAGCACCUGCAAAUCCGCCUCGACACCGUUCAGCACAUGCGCUCGCACGCCGACUACUACAAGCAGUUCAUCGUCGUCAACCCCGGCGGCGGCACCCGUAGAAACCCCAAAAGAAAAAAUGUUGGCACCUACUCCGCCCCCGCCGCCUCACUAUCGCCCACGCCCGACGAGAUCGACCAUGCCUUUGAGCAGCACCUCGAGUCCAUGGCGCGAGGCGGAACCUGGGGUGACAACAUCGAGAUCCAGGCCUUUGCCGAGACGUACAACCUCGACGUCAAAAUAUAUCAGAGGGAUUUUGCCUAUGUCAUCUCGCCCAAGGCCGAGGCCGACGCCAGGCAGGUUCUUCACAUCGCAUACCACAACUGGGAGCAUUAUUCUUCUAUACGAAAUCUCAACGGGCCCCACACCGGGCCUCCGGAAGUCAGGAUGCGGGCCAUCAGCCCUGGCACGGAGCAAAAGCAAAAAGAAAGGCUGGCAAACACUUCAAUGGUCCUACCAUGGCAGAUUGAGGUUGUGUCAAAGUCUCUCCCGUUCUUGACGGACAAGCUUACCAUCAAGAAGGCUCUUGAAGAAUGCAAGGGUGACGUCAAUAAUGCCGUCUCCCAGCUGCUCGACGACGAUGCAGGCAACACUUCGUCUGCUCAAGAGAGCUCCAGCAUUGAGCGGGAGCCCGACAGCGAUGACGAUGACAUUUACGGCCCUAACAAGAGGAGAGAGCGGCGAUUGAACCGUGCUACAAAGCACAAAUCUCACCAGGACCGUCUCAUCUCCCACCUCGCUGCCCAAGACGGCUCGCAGCUUUCCACUGCCAGCACCGACUCGCCUAGGUCGAGUGGUCCAGGCACUCCACAGUCGACAGCUCUUGAGGCUCCUGAUUCCGACGAUGAGCAACCGUCGCACUCGGAUGCCGAAGAGCCGCCAGCGCCACCUUCACCUAAGCCACAGCAAGGUCCCAGGCGGAUCAGACUCACUAUGCCCAGACCUCCAGAAGAGCUAGCAGCUGUCCAAGCGGCUGCCAAGACACAGCAGAAGCAGCUUGGUCCACAGCAGACGAAAAAAGUCUCGGCUCGUCAGCAAAAAGACAUGAAGAAGCAGGCUCAGAAAGCUGCUCGUAAAGAGCGCCAGAAGGCCGCAAGCAAGUCUCCGGCAACAACCACGCUUCCCAUCAUCACAAAGUCCAAUGGCACGUCUCCUCCUACUGCUGGCAUCAAGGAGCUUUACGUCUAA